AUGGUGUGUACGGCCUGUGGCGGUGAAUCUUCACAUUCCUUCGAGACUUUGGAUGACUGGCAAGAUUCAAAGCGUUUCCAGUACCAUGUUGCCAGGUUUUCGUCGAAAAUGCCGGAGCGUGUGUUGCAGCGCUAUUCUGAUUCUUUGUCGAAACUGAACAACUUUCAGUUGCAGCGCUAUGCCACACACGUGGCAGCCUGGGUGGCUGCACCAAAAUGUGGAGCUGCGGUUAAGCUCUUGGCUGUUGACCUUCUUAGAUGCUACCUCGAGCAGCUGAAGGUUCAGGGUAUCAACUGCUGCCCGUGUUUGUUGACUGGACUCAAGUUGAUUUGGCAGACACAGAAAGACGAUCUGUAUGGUAGUGGUCCAUGGGCUGCACUGCGGGAUGUUAUGCCAGCGGAAGUACUCUCCAACUUAGAAAUCUCACUGAUGCGGCCUGAGAAAUCAGUGCGUCUCCUGCAGAAAGCCAUCCAACUUUGGAGGAACAAAAGCAGCGGUGAACGUUGCUCUUUUGUGGAGGGUUUGGAAGCAGAGCUGCAACUUCAGGAUGAAGUUGAGGAUUCGGGUGAUCAGAGAGAAGUUGAGACCAAUCGGCUUGAAUCCAUUUUUCGCAGAGCCGUUGCUGCGCUCACACCUCCACGAUUGAAAAGGGAGGGUGAGUGUCAUCAAGGCCAACAAGAACCAUUGGAUCCAGACUCAGAACAAACACUGGAUCGAAAUCUACAGUUUCGACUUCGGCGAAUUGUCAUUAUUUGCUUGACCCGUGUGGACCAGCAAGACGGCAAGUUCUCAGCUGUACUGGAUUACCUCAGAAAUCUUGUCAGCAAAUUGAAUGGUAGAUCCCAGACAGAGCUGCUAGCCCCCAAGCAGUGGACUCGUUUGUGCUCGAAGCUUGAUGGCGGACCGCCUCAGAUUGUUGGUGCGUGCAACGGGGCUCCAGACCAGUUCCGCUUCAGUGCGAGCACGGCAAAGAAAGUGGACAUUGUGGCAUUUGCAGUGCUUGCGAACAUGGCAAGGCAAGAAAGCUUUGCAGGUUUUGCAAGAGUUGCCCUGAUGGACGAUGCCGACCGGCUUGCCCACAUGGACUCUGCCGCGAAUCCUGUAAAAGGUGCAGUGGCUGUCCUCACGGUCUCCUACGACAAAAUUGUGGCAAGUGCAACAGCUGUCCUCAUGGAAGGCUUCGACGAGCGUGCUCUUUGUGCGUACCAUGUCCACAUGGUAAGCUCAAGAGCAGGUGCAUGUCUUGCACGCCUGCAUGCCCUCAUGGCAGGAAAAGAGAUUGCUGUUGCUGCCUUGCUGAUGCUUGAAACCUGGCCUGAGCAGACAAGCUGGAAGGCAGCAGAAGCCAUGGUACUGCUACGAGAGCGAGGAGAGAUGAAAGUUGCGCUGGAGCUUGUCAAUCACCUGGACCUUGAAGGUCCAAAAUCCUUGCGGCCCUUUGGGUCUAAAGCGACCGUGGCGGAAGUAUUGCGGCAAAGGAGCCUUUGUCUGCUGGAGCUGAAAGAUCUGCCGCAAGCAGAGGCUCAAGCGCGAAAGGUUUUGACCAUGGAACUCAGUGAGACAACUGGUCGAGCAAGAUCCCUGAAGAUCCUUCUGAAAGUCCUCUGUGCCAAGGAGUGCCUCCAAGAUCCCACUGAGCUCCAAGAGUUGAGCUUGGAUUUGAUGUCCCAAAAGAGGGCCACAUUGGCUGAUUGCAUCGAGACCUGCCGAGUCAUAGCAGAGUCUGGUUUUGAUCGGCUCUUUGUGAAAUGUCUGCAGCGCUUGCGCCGUCGCAGCCUUGACGCAGAAGAGCAGCGUGAGUUGCGACUCUUUGGGGCUCAGAUGCUGGCUGCACGCGUAGAGGAGGUCAUGUGCAGUGAGGCUACCCCAGCCGACAAGGAGUUUGCAGUGGACACCCUUUGUGCAUGGGUUGAUGAGGCGCGGAAUCUUGAAGAUGCGGUGGUUGGUGUGGGGCAUUUAUUGUGGAACCUUGCGCGGACCUUGAAGCCUCAGGAAGCUUUGCUUUGGCUUCAGAAGGCCCUCUCCUUCCUUCCAGAAGCACCUCUAUGGCGAGCCAUGGCCUUUUGCAAUCACACCCUGGGCGAUGGAAACAACCGUCGGCGAUGCCUUGAAGCCGCCUUGAAGCAUUGCCCCAACGAUGUGUCCAGCAAUCUGCUGCUGCUGGUAGAUGCGGCUGUACGCGGCGAAGCUUUGACCGUGCAGCGUGUGGUGGAGAAGAUGAAGCAGAAAGAGGUGAAGGUGACAGCCAACGAGGUCAUUUUUGUGGUGCGGGAAUUGCAAAGUCUGGAGAUCUCCCAGCAGCACCUGGUGAUUCUGGAUCUCCUUCUCAAGCUUGCAGAAGAGGAGAAGAGUUCAGCUCUAUGUUCCGCAAGCGUGCUUCAAAUGUACUUGGAGGCUGCAAGCCAUUUAGGGCCACAGCACUUGAUCAAAGCUAUGGAGCGGGUUAAAGACAUUGCGCUGCAAGAGGAUCAGAAGAUUUGGUUGCGGCAGCUGCUGGUGACCCAGGCUCAAGCUUGUGUCCAAAGCCAAAGUUGGCGUCUUUGUGCCAAGUUGAUGCAGGAGACAGCUGAGCUUCUGCCUUUUGGAGAAGACAAAGCAGUGCAGUGUGCUUCUGCUGCGCAGGCACUUCUGCGUGCAGAGCCUCAACGCCAGAAUCGUGAGACUGCGAGCAGUUUGUGUGAGGAGGCCUUGGAUUGGAUUCGCAGAGGCCUGGCUGCAUUGGAAAUUGGAACUGUGACAGCUGUGGAGAAGCAACUCAGAGACCUGGAAGCUGAAGCUGCAGGUCGAUUGGGUCAAGUUGUUUCAUCCUUGAAAUGUGCUUGGGCUGCUUUGGAGGCCCACCCGCAGGUGACCAUUCAGAUUCUGCAAGGCCACCAGUUUGAUGCCAAGGCUCCAGCUGCUGCAGCUGCUGCAGCUGCAGCUGCUGGCCGUGAAUGCCUCCGUUUGCUGCUGCUACAUGGCCAUUUUGCCGAAGCCCUGCAGGAAGUCCAAAGGCUGCAAGAGAUGCAGACAGAGGCUCCCAACUUGGAGUCCUUGUGGCUGGCCGCCACUGUAUGGAAUGCAGGAGCCAAGCUUCUUGACACAGGAGAUCACUCCUGCGGCCGCCAAUUCCUACAGAAGGC